AAAUGAUGCGGUUCUAAAAUUACGUUAUCGAUAUCUUUAGCGCCUUGUAGGAUGUUUUAACUGUGCAAGACAACACCUUUCGAAGUAUUUCGAGGAAGGCUUUAAUGCUGUAAGCGUCCUAGAAUAUGAAGGCUUAUUUCGUUCUCUUGACUUUGUGCUCUUUGGCAGCGAUUCUGCAGGCUGAGUACGAAGAUGGAUAUUUUCAAGAAGACUAUGAAGAAGACUUUUGGAAUCAUAAUUCAUCCACUACUCGACGUCCACAUUGGACUACAAGAAAUGUAGUAUCGAAUGCACCAAUGACUCGAUUUCCCACAACUGCUGGGCCUCAACUAUAUCAAGUGCGCCUAGUUAGAGGAAGAUCCCGUUACGAAGGUCGUGUCGAGAUCUACUACAGGGGACGAUGGGGCACCAUCUGUGAUAACUCAUGGGAUUUGUACGACGCUCAUGUUGUGUGCCGUCAGCUUGGGUUUUCCAAAGCCAUUUCAGCUCCAUGUUGCGGUAGAUAUGGAUGGGGCUUUGGCCCAAUAUGGAUGACAAAUGUUCGCUGCCGUGGUUUUGAACGCUCUUUAGCCCAGUGUAGAUUUACARGUUGGGGAGUUAGUGGCUGUAGGCAUUAUGAAGAUGCUGGUGUUAUAUGUGCGUGCGGAAAUUUGACCUGCUUCAAUGGAGGAACCCUCAGAUGUUUUAAUGAUAGUCGCGAAGUUUGUUCUUGUCGUCGUGGCUACUAUGGAAAACAAUGCCAGUUUUAUUGUGGUAGCCUGAACUGCUACAAUGGAGGUACAAGUGUCUGUUCCAGUGGCAGAGCUGUAUGUCGCUGUCGUCCUGGUUACCAAGGAAGACAAUGCCGCUACGUGUGUCCAAGUUUGUAUUGUUAUAAUGGAGGCACCCGUGACUGUUCUCGAGGAAGACCAACGUGUCAAUGUCGCCCUGGUUUUUACGGGAGUAACUGCCUACACAGUAAGUAA